AUGGGAAACAAAGAGAGUAGGCGUAUUGACGCACACAGCCUUCAGAUGGCGUUACAGAAGGCUUUAGUGCUUAUGACACGGAUGGCAACUAACGGUCAUUGCGAGAGGACGUGGCUGUUGCAGACCCAUUGGUACGUCAAACCGGUCAAGAUGCUGCGCAUGGAGCGACUAUUCGCCGGCAAUCAGACCGGCUCCUCUUAUAGCAAAGAGAGUCAAAUCAAGGACGUUAUGUCGAGAGAGAUUGAAAGCCUAGAAACGUGGGGUAACUGGUUGCGGGCGUUGUGGUUCAACAGCAGCAUCAGAGCAGUCUGGAAUAUGGUGCUGCGCAAUCUGCAACGGGAACUUGACAGCGUGUGUGACGUCGACGUGAGGGACGUCUUCCUGCCUCUUUGGAGCACACUGAGACGUCUAUCGAUGCUCGCGGAACUCCACGAGUUAAACACAGAACACGACGACAUCCAAGCAGAAAUCAUUCUCAGCCUGGUUGAAAACAGUGCGGCAAUUAGACGCCACGGGUCGAAGCAGUUGAAUCCCGUGGCUGCAGGUCAACUAGUAGCAGAGUACCUUGUGAGAGAACUAGAUGAUGCUGAUGAUGGUCAGAAUGCAGAAGAAGGCAUGCCAAAGACUAACACAGAUAGUCUGAAGACAAUGAUGUCCAUGAAAAAGUUCAAGAGUAGAGCGUUGAAGAAUGCUAGAGGGCAUUUCAAAUGCCGAUGCCUUGAGGUAGAAGGAGACAAGCUAUGGUUACAAAGCCAGGCCUAUGACCUCACCAACCAACAACGCAUAGGUUAUGUCGUCGCGGCGAGAGUCAAAUACGAAGAAGCCGGUCUCACUCAGAAAGUAGAGAAGUCGAAGCUCACAGAACAGUCCCUCAGAUCGACAGACAAAUUAAACUAG